ACGUCAUACAAGAACCUUAUGGGCCGGAUACCACGUGCUAAAAAGCGGGUGCAAUCUGCGACGUCGCGGCCUCCGUAUUGCGUGCGGACUGCCACAACUGCGCGGGCGUGCUAAAAAAAGGCGCAGAUCGCCCAAUGCAAGAUGAGGAGUUUGCGUGUGCUGCCGGCGGCUGUAGCGGAAGGCCUGGUGGAGGAGAGCGGCCGCAAACGGAAGAGGAAGUUCGAGGCCGCCGAGCUGGCCGUCCUGGUGGAGCAGGCGGAUUCAUACGCGGAUCAGCUGCAGCAGAGGGACCUCAGCGCCGCCGGGAAGCGAGCAAUUUGGGACGCGAUUUGCGAAAAAGUCAACGCUGUGAGCAGGACUAGGAGAUCAGCGGAAGACGUCAAGAGGAGAUUGCAGGAUUAUCGCCGGCGAACGCGAGAGAAGGCUUGCCUUAAUAACAUCGACGCAAAUCAUGGAGGAGGGGAGCCAGCAGAGGAGAAGCCGCCGUCCCCGGUUGAGGAAAAGGUCCACGUUUCCUUCCUGGAUCAGCACAUUGUUGGGAUCGGGGGGUAUGAGUCCUUGGAGCCGAACAUCACAGACCAAGACUCUUCAUCGUAUGACCGACAAUCCCCGCCGCACAUCUCCAAUCAGCUCAGGUCCGACGCGUCCUCUUCAGCAGAGCCCCGACGGCGUCCAGCUGAUUACGAAAACAUCGAUCAGGAGUUGCUGGAGCAGCAAAAAAAACUAACUGAUGGCUUGCAGGCCAUCGCCCAGGAGGUGAGGGCUGCGUCCAGUGCGGCGCAGGCCCUCCGCCGGGACACGCAGGACAUCGCUGCGCACACCAGGCAGCUGGUCAAUGCCGUGUCCGGGUUGACGAUGGCGGUCAACGCCCUUGCAACAGUCGCGAGGUCCUUUAGUCGCAGUGGGCCUUCCACGGAGCAACAGGAGGACACUACAGAAGGAGAGAAGUCACGCAACCUGCGGAAACGCAAUGCCCCGACUAAAGAAUUUGUUCUAAAGAAAAGAAAGAAAUAGUAAAUAUAUUUUUUGUAAAUAUUGUCUAUAGUUUUAUGGUGACGGUAAAGUUUGUUUCAAAACAUGCCACGUAUAAGUUCAUCUGUGCCUUUUUAGGUGCAUUAAAAAUGCAUACCUUAACUGGCUUUUGUGAAGUGGUUUUGGUUCCUAUUGGCCUCGUCUUCAGUCCUGCAGCUUCACACUCCAUACUGCCAUGUUAUGACCACAGAUAAUAAUGUGUGCCACCUUUUCUGGGUCUUACAGAAGCGCUCACCGAAGGUUAUUUUGUGUCUGAAUUUAUGCAAGUGAAUAUUUUGCAUUUGAAUUUUGUGGACUGUUUAUUUUUACAUAAAAUUAUGCUGACAAUUACAGUAAAACAAAUUGGUGUAAAAUUAGUGCUGCUUAAGAAAGGCAAGACCCACUUCCAGUCGAUUAAAGGGGAACAUUAUCACAAUUUCAGAAGGGUUAAAACCAAUAAAAAUCAGUGGCUUAUUUUA